CGAAAGUAAAGUCAGUAUAGUAUAACACGAAAUGCGUCUUAAGUCUCUGAUCGUUUUAGGUAUAUCACUGGCUAUAACAGACUAUGCUCCUUGUGCAGCUAAGGUUUAUGAUCAGGCAUCAAUGAAUGACACCAUACCAGAUAAGUAUUUCAACAAUCGAGAAGAGAAAUUAUUCCCUACGUCGUUCAAUCCGCCACUAACUGAUAAUGGUGGCCAGCCUCCAUUUAAAUAUCCAUUUGCAUUAAGCCCGCGAAACAUAUACGCCAAUGGAUGGGCACGACAGGUUUCCGCAAGGGAAUUGUCGAUUUCUAAAAAAAUGAGCGGAGUCCAAAUGAGAUUGAUUAUGGGUGGUGUGCGGGAACUUCACUGGCACGUAGACUCAGAGUGGGCCUACAUGAUUUAUGGUGAAGCGCGUGUAACAGCCGUUGAUGAGCUUGGUCGUGCGUUUGUCGACGAUGUAAAGCAAGGUGAUCUAUGGUUUUUUCCGGGCGGUGUCCCACAUUCUAUUCAGGGCUUACGAAAUGGUGCGUUUUUCGUACUGGUAUUCGAUAAUGGCAUGUUCAAUCCGCUUCAAACAUUUGGCCUCAGCGAUUGGUUGAAUCACAUUCCUCGAGAUGUGUUGGCUAAAAACUUCGGUGUCUCAAAAUCCGUUUUCAAUAACUUGCCGAGAAAGAGCCUAUACAUAUUUGGAGCAGAAUUUCCAAAGCCAUUGGCGAUAGAAAGGGCAGAAGCGGAACGGGGCACAGGACCAAUGCCGCAUUCUCUAGCAUUCUUCGCAAGCAAAAUGAAGCCCAAUGUUACACUGUGUGGGGGGGAGGUGAAGAUAAUCGAUAAAAAUAAUUUUCCCGCUACUAAUACAGCAGCUGCAAUUGUCCGACUUAAGCCUGGAACGAUACGUGAAUUACACUGGCAUCCUAAUGAUGAUGAAUGGCAGUAUUAUAUCGAAGGCAAGUUUUCUGCUUAA